UUAUUGUUGAAUACCACUUUUCGUAUCAAAAUGAUUACGAUUCCAAAACUAUUGUUUCUGUGCUUGGAAAUAUCUAUUUCGCUUGCAUAUCGACCAGUCUUCAUUUACCAUGGCAUUCUUACCGGUGCAGAUAGCAUGCAUCACCUAGUGAGCCGGAUCCAAGAGGUUCACCCGGAAACCGCAGUGUACAAUUUUCAGCGUUUCGGUGGAUGGUCCAGCCUUGAAAAUGCGUGGCACCAGGUGUUUGAAGCAAACACCAACCUGCGCUCCAUUUGCACUGCCCAUCCGGAGGGAAUCAACAUGAUCGGAUACUCUCAAGGAGGCCUCCUUGGCCGGGCAGUAUUGCAGACAUACCCGGAUCAUUGCGUGAAAACGUUUAUUUCUCUAAGCUCACCACAGGCAGGCCAAUUCGGAGAUGAUUUCUUGCAUUUAAUAUUUCCCUCCUUGGUCGCUAAAACCGCAUAUCAGCUGUUUUACACGUACCUUGGACAGCACACCUCCGUCGGCAACUACUGGAACGAUCCGCACCAUCAGGAUCUGUUUGAAGAGUACAGCAUUUUUCUACCAUACAUCAACAAUCGCAUCUAUUCAACGAAUUCAACGCAAUUCCGCGACACGCUGAUGCGUCUCGAUCGGCUGGUGCUCGUCGGCGGCCCGGACGAUGGCGUCAUCACGCCGUGGCAGUCUAGUCAUUUCAGUUUUUACAACGAAACAUACGACGUGGUGCCGUUGCAGGAAAGCACCAUCUAUACCGAGGAUCUGAUCGGACUGAAAACGCUGGCCGACAGUGGUCGGUUGCACGUGAUUACUCGAGAAGGCGUGUAUCAUUAUGAGUGGCAUCGGUCGGAUGAUGUGAUCGAUAGCGUCAUAAUGCCGUAUCUAGAUUGAUCAUAAUGUUAUCAACUAAAGUUUUUUAGGAAGCGUAUGCAAAAUAACAUUUAGUGUUCCGACAAUACACUGUUUUCCAUCUCAUCAGGCACGGAACUAGUGAGGUAAGUACCGGUUACCAUGGUUACACUAGUCCGUGCAAUCGAUAGACUGAAUCACAAUUCUUCUUUGAGUAAAAUAUAGACAGAGCUUUAAAUUAACUUAUUCAUAAAGUAUUACAUCGACAGUCAACCAUGGCAGCUUAAUAAUAGCCUUCGUUGGGAUUAUUGUAGAAAAUAUUUAUGAAGAAAUUGUUAUACUACGUUUGCCAUCAAGUACCACCCAUCGAUCAGUUUCAGAUUAUUUCAGGAGCUUUGCAACGAGGAUUCCACCAUAUUUGAAUGUAAUCAGCAAUGCCUGCUAAAGAGAGCGAAGUUAAACUGAUAGCUAAGGAUUGAAAGCAAAAUUGGAGAUACCUGGGAAGGUUUUAAGUAAAUAGCCUUGAAGAAUUGAAACCAUUUUCCGAUAAGUUUAACAACACCCUUCUUUGCAAGCUUCUGCACUGAAAACGUUAUAGUAAGCUUCCCUAUAUUUUGUUCAAGAGAGUGUCUCGUAAACCAUGCCAAGACAUGUUUUAAAUGUAGAAAACGACCUUCAGAACAUAUCAAAAAAGCAUCCACAGUUAGCAUACCAUAGAAAACCUCUCGAUUAUCGUAUGGUUUCAGUGUAUAUUAGGAACAUUUUGUGUAACGAUUGCAUCGCAUGGAUAUUACGUAGGUUUAGUAGGGUGCUAGCUUUAAAGUUGUGUCGUUAAACAAACGUAAUUUUGUUCUAUUGACACGGUUUUACAAUGGGUCAGUUACGCCAAUUAUGAUUGACUGAAGUUCGGCAGGUUAGUUUUAAGUACACGCGUGAUACCUACUUCCCACUACUGAAAAAUGCAAUAAAAUGUGAU